CAUGAUCAGCCAAACUCCAGUGACCUUUCUAUAGUAACCCUCACCAUUCCACAUACCAAAGUGUAGGUAUCUUUGUACUUCUCCGUUUUGUAUUACUCAGGUCGUGUUUUCUGUAAGACUGUGAAUCAGCACGUAAUAUCGGUCCGAUGACCACUCCUUCGGGAACCGUCUUGCCAUUGGGCGGCAGCGCUUCCAAUGUCGCGGGCGUGGUACCGGCCGCCAGUGCAUCAAAUUGUCCGCCGUGCCCGUGUCCAGUUAAGUGUGAGUCAAAGAGUGGCGCACAGGCGCUGUUCAAAGUCCCACCGGGGUUCCAAGCACUGCUUAAACACAUCACCCGCGAACUGCUAAACGGGAAACCCAAAGAUCCAUAUUUGUAUAUUAUGGAGUAUCUGCGGACCAAGAUGCAUGACCGUCGUAAAGGUUUACUGGAAACGGGAUACUUUGACAACGAUACCCUGAAUAUUGACAUUAAGCCGCCGAUGCACUAUCUACAGCAGACAUCACUGCACAAUGUACAAUGUCCAAGCACGACGGCCUUCGAUCAAAUGGCCACCGAUGCAGCGACGACGCUGAAUGCCGCUUGCAAAGGUGUGCAAGAUCGCCAAGAAGUAGGUGAGAUGCGACGUGAUCCGGCACGCAUGGAGAACCGGCUAGCGGCCGCGAAAAGCCAGCGCAGUACGCGCUCGAUUGCCAGUGAUAGGGAGAGCUACCAAAGGAGCUGUUCACGCAAGUCUGGCGAAGGGGGGUGUGGGCGACGUUAAACACAACAUCUAGUUGAAUGUGUGCGGAACUCCAGAACGAUACAGAAAUUUGACGUUUAGUGUCUUGUACGUGAAGUAAUGAAUCGGCAAGUUCUGCUGCGACUGAUGCUGAUAGACUUCAGUGUUGGGUAAUUUUCAGUAAAGUCGGUCCUGUGCGUACUUAAAUCGGAUGUCAAUUAAUGCUGUCAGCCAGAGACCGUCGACACUGUUGUUAGAGACCACAAAGUAGAGAGGUUAAAAUUGCGGCGCACAA